AUGUCCGAACAGAAGCGCAACAGUGAAAAUCACUCGCCCUCCCAGAACCUCGGGGCGAAGACGAGAUUCGAUGAUACGUCGGACAACACAGAAGAAACCUAUGGCAGGCUUUCAAUAGCCAGCAAGAUGUCCCGGUCACACGACCACACCAAAAGACCGUUGACACUUCCAGAUCCGGACUCAUUCCGAAGGCUCUCUGCCAGCCCGUUUCAAAAUGGGAGGACCUCACCGUCUCUAGCAGCAGACUAUUCGUCGCCGAUGAUACGACCGCCCCGGGAGACGACAAAACUGGCGCGGUUCUGGCUGGCCAACAAGGGCGUCGUGUUGGUGGCCCUCUCACAACUCUUUGGUGCCCUCAUGAACUUGACCGCGCGCCUCCUCGAGCUCGAAGGAGAGGGUAUGCACCCGCUCCAGGUGCUUUUCGCCAGACAAAGCGUCACCAUGGCCUGCUGCUGCACCUACAUGUACUGCAUGAAGACGCCCGAUUUUCCCUUCGGCCAGAGGGAGAUUAGGUGGCUUCUCAUCGCGAGAGGUGUAACAGGCUUCUUCGGCAUCUUUGGCAUGUGGUACUCGAUGAUGUACCUCCCCCUCGCCGAGGCCACCGUCAUCACUUUUCUGGCCCCCAGCGUCGCCGGCUACGUCUGCUACCUAGCCCUCCGGGAGCCCUUCACCCGUAACGAGCAAAUCGGCACUGUGAUCGCCUUCUUCGGGGUCGUCCUCAUCGCCCAUCCGACCUCGCUCUUCUCUGGCGACUUGACGUCCUCCGCCGCCGCCGCCGCCGCCGCCGCCAAUGCGCCGGAACAGCACGGCUCGGGCAACGGUACCAUAGCAUCGACAUUGCCUGGGCUGCAUCACCAGACCACGACGGCGGAGCGGCUGACGGCGAUCGGAGUCGCGAUACUGGGCGUAUUUGGCGCCGCGGGUGCCUUCACCACGAUUCGAUGGAUCGGGAAGCGUGCGCAUCCGCUCAUCUCCGUCAACUACUUCGCGACUUGGUGCACCAUCGUCUGCACCGUCGUCCUCACGGCCGCGCCGCUACUCGAGAUCGGGCAGCCCGCACUGCGGUGGGGCCUGCCUCAGACGCCGCGGCAGUGGCUUUUCCUGGUGCUGCUGGGCAUGUUUGGAUUCGUCAUGCAGUUUCUUAUGACGGCGGGUUUGGGCACGGACCGAUCGAACAGGGCGAAUGCCAUGGUGUACACGCAUAUGCUCUUUGCGGCAGGCUUCGACCGGUUUAUCUUCGGGAACGUGAUGGGGUGGAUGAGUCUUGCCGGCUGCGGCCUCAUCAUAGGGAGCGCCUUGUGGGUCGUUUUGACCAAGAAGACGCCGGUGCCGAAAAGGGAGGCGGUGGCGGACGUCGAGGUCGCGAACGUUCGAGAUACCGAAGCCGUUCCAAUGUUGGCGGACAUGGACGGCGGGAGGGACGACGAAUUUGAGCUUCAAAUGGUGAGAUGA